AUGGCAGAGGUGGUGACAAAACGACUGCACAUCUCCGGACUCACACCGUCCAUCACCUCCUCUGACAUCCACCGCAGGCUCUCCGCCUUUGGGUCAGUCACGUCCUUGGAUGGAUUCGGACAAUUAGAUGCACUGGGUGACCCGAGACCAUUUGCAUAUGCCACGUUGGAGGGCAAGGAAAAGGAUAUCGCUAAAUGUAUGAAUGUGCUCAGUGGGUCCACAUGGAAGGGAACAAAAUUGCGUAUUGGAGAGGCAAAACCAGAUUAUCACCAGCGCAUCGCCUAUCUGAACUCCCUUUCACCUCCUCCACCUCGUACUCCCCGCUCAAAAAGAUGCCAGCUCGCCUUCCCAUCCACCACACUGCCACUCGAUACACCCCUCUCCCGUAAUGACGCAGCGAAAGCACCAGGUUGGGUCGUUUUACCUUCUGGAAGGGUUGUUAGACCUAUGAGGAUGAGGCCUCUGCGACCCUUGGAACCGACACGAGCUAUGGGAGGUUGGCAGGGAACUCGGGGAAAGACGGGUAAGAAGGCGAAGAAGAAAAAGGUCCCGCCGUUAUGGGCACGUAGACGCUUGAUCGACCCAACAAAAUGGGACUCGACCUAUCUGACAGGCGCGUUUUUGGAAACUGCUCGUCAUCCCCUCUGUUUCUUCUCUUCCUUUUGGGUCUGCAGCCCAGCCCACCGAGCCUCGAGUCUGACGAAGAGGAAUGCAAUGGUGAAUACAGUCCCCUCUCAAAAUUCUUCCAACAUCAUCCUUGAAGGUCAACCACCUUCACAAACCACUCCCACUCCCACUGCCAACUUCUCCGACCCUAGAUUUGGCACAGACGUUAACAUCGACAUCCGCAAAGAAACAUCCGCUGCAGCUUACGCUCCUCAACAGCGAUAUUCGGAGAGACGGAUGAAUGAUGGUCCCGGUGAUCAUUCCGCAAUGGUCGUUGAUGCGGGUGUGGGUGAAGUAGGUGAAGGCGAGAUUGAAGAGGUGCCUCGGCACGCCUCCUCCAGGGAGGGGGACGCGCGAAUAAAUCCAGUCGAUAAGGUGUCCAGCAAUGAGGAACAAAGGGAAGAUAUACAAAUGGGAGACUCGCACCCGACCACCGCUCAUCUACCCGCGACUGCUACUGGUACCACAGCGACUUCGAAAGCGGACACCGCCAGCGCGACUGGACCGACGAAGAUGAAAUUGAAAGACUUGUUUGCACCGAGAGAAGAAGAGCCGUCUUUCUCCCUCCUCGGCCAUCUCGAUCUCGAUUUGGAGCUCGAGGACGAUGUACUCGGUUGUUCAUCUGUCCCCACCACAGCACUACCCUCCACGCUUGUAACCACAUCAAGUUCAGAACCGUUCUCCAGCUCAAAUUGGAACCAGGAGGUAAAAAGGCUUGGACGCGAAGGGAGCGCUGUCAUCACUCCAGACUCUACCCGGCGACUUCUCUUUCCCCUUGUCGAAUCAUUACCCUACUCCAAUUCUGGUGCACGAAUCUCAAUCUCAAAACAGGUGCGUACACACGCGAGAAGUGAUACUUGGUCCGUCGUCUUUCCACGUUCCCAAGUAAAUGUUGGCACUCCACAAGACCAGAGUAAUCCACCUCCACUCUCUGGCACAGGGCGGAAAUUCGAGAGGUCCCCUGACACUACGGAACAGUUUAUACGCGAGGCAUGGGAAAGGGAUAAGAGCGAGGUGACGAGCGCGUGGAAAAAGGCAUGGAAGGAAGCGAAGGGGAGGAAGAGGGGAUGUGCUGCCGCUGAUGGAAUGGACGUGUAGGGAGGAUCAUCUAUAGGCUCUGUUGAUGUCACUCCCCGCAUUCCGUGAACACCGUGGCAUAUGACCCAUAUCCCGCAGGUAAGCUGAUAUAUAUUUUUGAAGAGAAGGAUGGUAGGUCGUGCUCCUUGGUACAGAGCCCCACAAGCAAGCAUUUGUCCAACAGUACGACACGUAUUGUCGUUGUUCCCUCACAUCCUUCGGUCUAAGGCGAUACCAGAAACCAGCGCAAGGUCAGUCAUUUCACAUCCAAAAUAUGUACAGUAGAGGCACGCAGGACCAUCCAUCGCGAAGAAACUAUGCAA